CGCCCAAUCAUCUGAUCCUGCGGGUCUUGUCUCUAGUCUGCUCUCAGAAGAUGGUUCUUGGAGUGCUGGUAAAGAGAAAAUAAGGUGCCACUUCAUCUGCAUGAUCGGAGGAAGGUCAGCAAUGGCUUCUGCGAGGAAGGUCACUGACAAGCGGCAUAACCCAGUGGAAAGCAUUUGUAGAAAAAUCAGAGCCAUCCAAAAGAGAAAAGAGAUUUCAGAUCCAGUUCAACAAAUUCUCAAGUAUCAAUCUAGCAGUUUUGAUAGUCCACAGAUUAACACCAAGAAAGAUUUUGAAAAGGUACUGAAGAACAUGGCAACCACUCCUAUUCCCUCACCCAACACUUGUUUCUCAAGUAUUGAGAAAGACGAUGCCAUCAUUAUAUCUCCUCAAAUAAUGUCUCCAAGAAUCCCAUCCAUUUCUCACCUCAGCUCUCCCGAGAAUGCAACAUACCCUAUUCCUCUCACAAGUUCCGAAAACCUCUCAAGGCCAAGAUCACAGAGCUCUCAGAAUUACACAUCUCGGGUAUCACAGACUAGGAAAGGGGAGCACUUCUUUAACAAGGAUUUGAAAAACUGUUGUAGUGAAAAUAAUUUUAGUGCAUCAACACUUGACUUUGAUUCAACGUCUCAUAAAAACUCUGAAUGUUUUACUCCUCAGGAAUCACUGGCGAAAAAAUUAUCUCUAAAUGGAGCUGGUUCAGUUGGAGUUGCCAAAAUAAUAGAUUACCUGAGACAAGCAAGUAGUCAAAAUUCUGAAGAUAGUGGACUUGAGGAGCUAUGGAACAUACUUGAUCCUGAAAAGGGAGACCUACAUGUGGACCUGGAAAUUUUUUGUGCCAUCCUGAAAGAAUGGAUGGCUUGCUGUAGAAACAAAUGGUAA